AUGCCUUCACCAUUGCCAUCUUCUUCGUUUUCAUCAAUGUGUUCGAUUGCAUUGGCCCUAGUGACAGUUUUUGUGACAUUGCCAUUGCAUCAAUCAUGUGCCCAGUUGAACACGACCUUCUAUGAUUCUACGUGCCCGGACGUCUCCACCAUCGUGAACGGCGUCAUCCAACAGGCGCUCCAGUCCGAUGCCCGGAUUGUUGCGAGCCUCACGCGCCUCCAUUUUCAUGACUGCUUCGUCAACGGAUGCGACGGUUCGAUUUUGCUGGACGACGACGAGAGCAUGAACAUACAGAGUGAGAAGGAGGCGGGACCAAAUGCCAACUCCACUCGGGGGUUUGACGUAGUCGACGACAUCAAGGCUGCCGUCGAGGACGUUUGUUCCGGCGUCGUUUCAUGUGCUGACAUUCUUGCCUAUGCUGCUCAAGCUUCUGUUUCCUUGGCAGGGGGACCUUCAUGGGAAGUUUUGGGAGGGAGAAGGGACAGCCUCACCGCCAACCCCGCCGGAGCCAACACCUCUCUUCCCUCUCCGGUGGAGGGGUUGGACAACAUCACUGCCAAGUUUGCCAAGGUCGGCCUAAACACCACCGAUCUCGUCGCAUUAGCUGGGGCCCACACAAUCGGGCGGGCACAGUGCCGGUUGUUCGUCAACCGGUUGUACAAUUUCAACAACACGAGCAACCCGGACCCGACCCUUGACCCGACCUACCUGGCCGUUCUCCGGCGCACAUGUCCACAGAACGGGACCGGAACCAAUCUCAGCAACCUCGAUCCGACGUCGCCCGACACCUUCGACAACAACUACUUCACCAAUUUGCAGAACAACACAGGCCUCCUUCAGUCCGACCAAGAGCUGUUUUCCUCUGCGGAUGCUCCGACGACCGCUGUCGUCAACGCCUUCGGCGGCAGCCAGAGCGUCUUCUUCCAAAACUUCGCCGCGUCGAUGGUGAAAAUGGGAAACAUAAACCCUCUAACGGGGAGUGACGGCCAGAUUAGGUCAAAUUGCAGGAGGGUCAAUUCUGGAAAUUAG